UAAAUCGUCAGUGCCUUCAGUUGAACAGUCUGUUACACGAAUCGAAGGGAAAGAACGAUAAGAACAAUCUUAGGAAAAAUAUACGCCCUCGCAAAUCUGCUCAGAAACAGAUUCGCAAGCCUCUUCGACACAAGCGUCGUCUUGAUUUUGACAUGUCUUAUGUACAGAGUCUGUCGUCUCUCACCGAACUGAAGCAUAGCCAACGCUACCGACCAGUCUUCGCGCGGCUUUGGCAGACGAUCGAAACGCCUCGUUACAUUCCACAUCAGCGAAGAAUCAGCGCAGCAGAAGAUCAAGAUAACUCGGCGUAGAACACGGCCACCGAUACCCAGCAGCUGUAGACUAGUGACGCGAAGAAAUCGCACACUGACGUAAACUGAUAUCUGUGAAAGCUCGCGUCCACUUGCUACGCUUCGGUUGCGAAUCGAAGAAACAUGACUUCAUUCGAUCCCCACCACUGGAAGUGCACUCCUGAGUACAUUCCUCCAAUCCACCCUCCAGCCAGAAAUGUCCGCAACAAAUAUGAAGGCCGCACUAAUACAUCUACCAAGACUGUCAAAGUGGCGCAAAGCUUCUACGGGAUUUUGUUCCCACACCCUCUCACAGGAUACAAGAUGCCAGGAGCUUCCGGACAAUCGCCCGCCUUCGAUGAUUUGACCACAAACCAGUACUUCCAGGGCCAAGUACGCAAGGUCGGCGAGGAGGUGGGUCAAGGAGAUAAGAAACUGAUUCCGUAUCAUCCAGACGCCACCCGAAACCGCCCAAGAGCAGAGUCUUGUACAGACGUUGGACUUGCGAACUUCGACCGUCGCAAUGCUAGCUACAUCAAGUUGAAGCACGGAAGGGCAUCGAAAUCUACUCCCAAAACUACGAACCAACUCUUCAUGGGUCCACCUCCCAAGGAAACUCCUGGCCUUUGGCAUUCCGGCAUCUGCAGAGACCGGGCCAUCUGGUUGCAUCGAAAGCAGCAAGGCAUGGCUGGGAAUUGAGCAUGAACUGUUACUGGUGACUUAAAUGACCCAGAAUUGAGUGUAAAUAACGGCGUUAGACAAGAAAAACCGCUCCCAUGGAGAUAUAGAUAAGGUGAGUAGACAUUAUCCUCGUCGAUUGUGACAGGGCAGCGACGAAGUGACAGAGAAUCUAGAAAUCAGACAUUAUAUACUUCAGGGUCACCGGGCAUUAAGAUUGACACGUUCACAGAAUUUUGUAGUCAUGCACGUCAGGUAAGCACAGAAAAUUUUGAGAGUAAUAAGAAGAGAGUAGUAAGCACUGCCCUUCAGGCUAAAGUUGACAUUGUAUAUGGGCACAGCCGAGAAAGAAGAGUGAUCAAAAAUUAACAGGGCAAGUGUUACAGUCCAGAAAUAAUGUGGGUGAAUACUUGCGCACUGCGUUCCGCUGCAUUAUCAUUAGCAACAUGGCCCUUAAGUUUACAACCAGGGCAGACCCGUUGGCUAAAUAUCUGGCACAAGCCCUUCACAAUUCGGGGUGUGCCGUAGUUCAAAGAAAGGGCCCGCUAAUGGAUGGUGCGAACGAGCUAGGUCUGCCUCUAAAUUGUUCAGACCUAACACGAAGUAAGGAUUCCCAAAUUACAGUCUACAUAUCAGUACCUCGAGAUUUUCACUUUCGGAUUGGCUUGCGAGCCUUGGAGCUCUUCUUGACGCCGGCCUUAGCUACACGAAGGCUUUUGUGUACAGCGGCUAAUCGAGCCAAAGCAGAUUGCUUCAAGUCGGGUCUGUAUCCGUUCUCUGCUA